CCUAAUUACAUUUGCAUAUUUGUGAGUUCUGAAUAACUUAAUUAACAUUAAUAUAUUGAUUGUGCCAUAAUCAUUUUUACAUAUUAACCUCUACCCUAGAUUUUUAUUAAUACAUUUUUGAAGGUAUGAAAAAAUCAGUUCAAAACGUUUUUUAACCGUAAUUAUCAUUAACAUUUCCGCCAAAAAAUCAUAAUAUACAUACACAUUCCAGACAACUCGCCAAAUACGAGGUGAAAACCCCUCAACACAUCAUCGUGACAUUCGAUCUACAAAUAUAUUUGGUCGCUAAUCCGGUGUCAUGUCAGAUUGUCAGGUAUGGGCUGUGACGGAAAACGCGUUUUAUUGGACCAAAUGUAAAACUUACUAAAUACUAGUCUAAUUUUUACCAUUUUAUCCUGUGUCAUUUUUACCGUUUUUAUUAGCGCGUGUAUUAUUUUCUACUCUUAAUUUUAUGGCAUUUUAGUCUACUUCUUCCACUUUUAAUAGGCCAUUCUAUAAAUCUAAAAAUGUAAUAUUUGAUGUAUUUUGCAAUUUGAACGUUAUACAGAAAGAUAUUUAAAGAUAUGUUUAGAUUCAAAAUCAUACGUUUAGAUUCAAAAAGAUAUGUUCAGACUUGUAUAACAUAAGCAAAAUGUCAGUUUAUAUAAUAAUUCAUAUAACUAAAACAAGAAAUGAAGAAACUUUGAAUAUUCUUUAGGACCAAAUCUUGAAUAUUUAACUUCAUAAAGACAAUAAAUGAUAGCUGAUAAAUUAUUAGAUUAGUCAAGUAAAAAACGGAAGUUGUCUCUCACAUGGCGAGACAAUUUUUCAAAGAGAAAACAAUAUAUAUACCUCCCACAUACCUCAAGCAUCUACAUUCCACAUCUCACUCUUCACCACCAAACUAAACCCUAAUUCAUCAUUUCUCUUUUUUUUUUGAACUGAUUCUUGAUUCAUCAUUUCUCUUUAACAACCAAUUUCUUAUAUAUCUUCAUUGUUCAUCUCUCAUUCAACCAAAAAUUAUUUUUGUAGUUUUAAAAUGAAACAGCUGUCGACAAAAGUGACAAGCAAUGCUCAUGGACAAGACUCAUCUUACUUCUUGGGAUGGGAAGAAUACGAGAAGAACCCAUAUGACGAAAUCAAGAACCCUAAUGGGAUUAUUCAAAUGGGUCUUGCUGAAAAUCAGCUAUGUUUUGAUCUCAUAGAGACAUGGUUAGCUAAGAAUCCAGACGCAGCCGGACUCAAGAAGGACGGCCAGUCUAUUUUCAAAGAGCUUGCUCUCUUCCAAGAUUAUCAUGGCCUACCCGAAUUCAAGAAAGCUUUGGCAGAGUUUAUGGAGGAAAUAAGAGGGAAUAGAGUAACAUUUGACCCACGAAAGAUUGUUCUAGCUGCUGGUUCAACCUCUGCCAACGAAACUCUCAUGUUUUGUCUCGCAGAACCUGGAGAUGCUUUCCUUUUACCCACUCCUUACUAUCCAGGAUUCGAUAGGGAUUUGAAAUGGAGAACCGGAGCAGAGAUCGUACCGAUUCAUUGCUCGAGCUCUAAUGGGUUCCAAAUCACUGAGUCAGCUCUUCAACAAGCUUAUCAGCAAGCUCAGAAGCUCGAUCUUAACGUCAAAGGGAUCCUUGUUACAAACCCAUCUAACCCACUUGGAACGAUGUUGACCAGAAGAGAACUAAACCUUCUCGUUGACUUCAUUACCUCCAAAAACAUUCAUCUCAUAAGCGACGAGAUCUAUUCAGGUACCGUUUUUGGGUUUGAACAAUUCGUUAGCGUCAUGGAUGUCUUAAAAGACAAGAAACUCGAGGACAGCGAAGUCUCCAAACGAGUCCAUGUCGUUUACAGUCUUUCCAAAGAUCUCGGUUUACCCGGUUUUCGAGUUGGAGCAAUAUACUCCAACGACGAAAUGGUUGUUUCGGCCGCGACGAAAAUGUCGAGUUUCGGUCUCGUUUCUUCCCAAACACAAUACCUUCUCUCUGCAUUGCUUUCAGACAAGAAGUUCACAGGUACAUACCUCAACGAAAACAAGAAAAGACUCAAGAUUCGUCAAAGGCAACUCGUGUCCGGUCUUGAAGCCGCAGGAGUUACUUGUCUUAAAAGCAACGCUGGUUUGUUUUGUUGGGUCGACAUGAGGCAUCUCUUGGACACAAACACGUUCGAAGCAGAGCUUGAGCUUUGGAAGAAGAUUGUGUACGAAGUGAAACUGAAUAUUUCACCCGGUUCAUCGUGCCAUUGUACUGAACCGGGUUGGUUUAGGGUUUGUUUCGCCAAUAUGAGUGAAGAGACACUCGAUUUGGCGAUGAAAAGGCUCAAAGAAUACGUAGAGUCAACCGAUAGUAACAGAUUGAUUUCAAAAAGCAGUCAUGAAAGGAUGAAGAGUUUGAGGAAGAGAACUGUCUCUAACUGGGUUUUCCGGGUUUCAUGGACCGACCGUGUACCUGAUGAACGAUGAAAUUAAUUCUUCGUCCCAAGUUUGAGACACAGCAAAUUUUCACAUUUAUAAAAAUAAUCCGUUUUUUAAUAUUUUGGAAAAUGUCCCAACAUUUUCCAAAAUAUUUAUAUCACUAUAUUUGUGUUUUCAUAUAACUAUGUUUUAUUA